AUGCCAUCCAAGCCGUUCCCCGUGCCAAACAGUAUCACGCCUUUCUGGCGGAGCGAGCCAGAUAGCCUGGAUAACCAUCGCUCUACUGAGACCCUGCCCGAGACGAGCGACAUCGUUAUAGUGGGCGCAGGAUACGCUGGGGCAUCAACAGCCUACCAUCUGCUCGAGCAAGCUGAUCCGUCUUCAAAACCAUCAAUAGUGAUUCUAGAAGCACGCCAGGUCUGUUCCGGGGCGACGGGUCGGAAUGGGGGCCAUUUGAAACCAGACGUCUAUAACUUCGUCGGCACGGUCGCUGAGAAGUAUGGAAUUGACGCUGCAAUUGAACUCGCUGCCUUUGAGACUGAACAGCUCGCUGCUGUAGAGGAGUUGGUUGAACGGGAAAAUAUUGCGUGCGAUCUGCAGGUGUCUCAGGCGCACGAUGUACAGCUCGACGAGAAGCAUGAUUUGAAGCUCAAGAAGGCGUACGAUGCGCUUAUUGCUGCUGGGUCAGCACCUACGAAGACCGCCGUGCAUACCACUGGGGAGGAGGCUGAGAGGGUCUCCGGUGUAAAAGGCGCCAAGGGCUGUUUUAGCUAUCGCGCAGGCCGUUUAUGGCCGUAUAAACUCAUUGUUGGCCUUCUGAAGACAGUAAUUGCGAGAGGCGCCAAUUUACAAGCCAAUACCCCUGUUGAUAGUAUAUCCGAGUCGCCAGACGCACAAGGGCGAUGGACAGUGAACACUGCCCGAGGCUCGAUAAAAGCGAAGCACCUCGUGUUCUCGUCCAACGCGUAUACCGGCGCCAUUGGCCCUGAGUAUGAAGGAAAGAUUGUUCCUGUGCGAGGCAUCUGCAGUCGAACGGUGGUGCCCAACCCGCCCAACCCACCUCUUCCUACCCUUGAUUCCUCGUAUACCGUUCGGCUGAAGGAAGGAAUCUACGAGUAUAUCAUUGCGCGGCCAGAUGGGAGUAUUGUUAUUGGUGGUGCAAGAUCUGUAUAUGCCCACGAUUUGAACAACUGGUACAACAACACAGAUGAUUCGCGUCUCAUCGAGGUUGCUGAACAUCAUUUCGACGGCUACAUGCAGCGGUAUUUCCAUGGAUGGGAGAAUACAGGGGCAUAUACAGAUCGGGUUUGGACAGGCAUAAUGGGAUACACUAUAGACUCCCUUCCACACGUCGGACGGGUGCCUGCAAAGCCAGGGCAGUUUGUUGUCGCUGGAUUUAACGGCCAUGGAAUGCCGCAGGUCUUUCUAUCAGCGAAAGGAGUCGCGCAGAUGAUUCUGACCGGAGUCGAGUUUGAACAGACCGGCGUUCCGAGAAUAUUCAAAACAACGCAGGAGCGCCUGAACAGCUCGGAGAACACAAUUCUGAGUGCAUCCUACGUGGCUGAGACGGCAAAGUCGGUUGUAGUUGAUUCUCAACAUUAG